UUGCAAAGCUCACUCAGAAAUUUGACAUUCCAUGAAUAAGAAUGGAAAUCUUUACCAGAGCUUGUAGAAAAUCUCACCAUUUUGGUAGAUGAAAACUGUAGUGGGAUUCCUUCCCCUCGAGGCUUCUUUGUCAAAUUCUGACGCCUACGCAACUUGAUAAGAAUGGCGUUCGCCACUUCAUCCUGCUAUAAAUACGAGUGCUGGAAGAGCCAUUCGUAUAUUCGAGCUUGUCUUCUUUCUUCUUCCCUGUAUCCUUAUAACUUUGCUACACGGCUAUGAUGGCACUCGUAUUCGGUCUUCUUACAGCUACCCUUCUCCUGUUUGGAUCUUUCGUGGAUGCUGCCCCAUGCGCGGAUUGUUUCACCCAGUCGAGGGCUGCUUAUUACCCGAAUUCUGAUGACAAAGGAACAGAAACUGGACGAUGUGGCUUUGGUGCGUUUGGGGCGACAAUUAACAAUGGAGACGUAGCUGCAGUUUCAGAUCUAUAUCGAGAUGGAUUAGGAUGUGGUGCUUGUUACCAGGUCAGGUGUACUAAUGGCAAGUACUGUUCGGACAAAGGAGUGAAUGUAGUCAUAACGGACCACGGUUCCAGCCAUGAUACUGACUUCAUUAUGAGCAGGCGCGCUUUUGGCCGAAUGGCUCAGAACGUGGAUGCAGGUGCAUCUCUUUUAGCAUUGGGCGUCGUAGAUAUUGAAUAUAGACGGGUUCCAUGUAGCUACCCGAACACAAAUAUUACGAUUAAGAUAGACGAAAGCAGUAGCAACCCCCAUUAUCUGGCAUUUGUAAUUUGGUAUCAGCAAGGCAUGGAAGACAUAACUGCAGUGCAACUGUGUGAGAGAAGAAGGAAAGGUUCUCAGAUGCAAAGGAAACUAAAUAUAUCCUAUUCGAAAUAUAACUUCGCGUUUUAUACACAGACACAAAGUUACUCAUGCAAACUAUUGGAUCGGAGUUAUGGAGCAGUAUGGACCGCUACCUCACCACCCAGUGGACCACUUUCAGUAAGGAUGCUCUUAAGCGAUGAAAAUGGAGACGAGAAAUGGAUAGUUCCAGUCAAUGACAUACCAGAUAACUGGAAAGCAGGAGACAUAUAUGACUCUGGAGCACAAGUUAUUGCCUGAUCCAUCAACUGUCAAUUACUCUUAUAUUGCCUAGCUUGUUGAAAUGUUAUUGCUUUUAGGCCUUCAAAUGGAUUCUAUUGUUCAAGUAGGAAUCAAAAAAAUAAGUUGUCAAUUGGUGAUCUAUGUAUUGGAUUUAUUUUAUAUAUGAGUGGUCAAAGUAGAAGGAUAUGUCUUAUAAGAUAAACAUUU